UCAAGAUGGCUGACAGUUUAGUUGGAGUUCAGUUGCGGGGUUAGAAGUGAAGUGAAAUAAGUGCGUUUCGGAAUUGUGUUAAAUUAGUGAUAUUUUAUUGUCACAACACUGUGCUGUGUUGUUCAAAAGUAAGUUUUCAUUUCAUACACAUAAUUGUAUUUUAUUGGUUCAGUAAUUGAGCAUUUUCAUUCGUCAACAGUUUCUUUCUUGCCUGUUGCUCCUUGGCCUGUUACUUUUUGCAAGACAAAAGCGAACAGCUGAUUCUACCCACCACCUGUGCGCUCCUCGCAUUUUUGUUUUAGUUUGAUCAUGCCGGGUGAAAAAAUGAUGUGGAGGUGCCGGUUGCAGAAUGCCUCUCCAGUGAUGAGUCAAACCCUACAAGGCACUGCGUUUACUCAGGGGUUCCAGCCAGUGGGCUACUACGAGUGCCCGGGCUGGACCCUGUCCUCUGACAUCAUGGAAAGUGAGAAGCUGUCCCCACCCUCGCCGCUGGAGAAGAAGCAGGAGGUCAAGCUGAGCGCCAUGCCAUGGUUCCAUGGCAAGAUCUCACGUGAUCGCGCCGAACAGCUGCUCAGCCCCAAAACAGACGGGCUGUUCCUUGUCCGGGAGUCCACAAACUUCCCGGGCGAUUACACGCUCUGUGUUUGCUUCCAGGGGAAGGUGGAGCACUACAGGGUAAAAUACAAAGACAAUCAACUAACAAUAGACGAUGAGGAAUUCUUUGAAAAUUUAGCACAAUUAGUAGAGCACUAUGAACAAGACGCUGACGGACUAUGCACACAACUCACGAAAAGCUUACCAAAAAAAGGGAAACAGGAGUUUUGUGUGGAUAAGAAAAAGUUCAUAGAAGCAGGAUGGGUUAUCCAGGAUUAUGAACUAGAGUUGAAAGAAUCAAUAGGAAAAGGCGAAUUUGGAGAUGUAAUGCUUGGAAUCCUUAGAGGAGAGAAAGUUGCUGUCAAAAUCCUUAAGGAUUCCAGCGAAGCCGCACAGAAGUUCCUCACUGAAGCCUCUCUCAUGACGUCGCUGAGGCACGACAAUCUAGUGCAACUGCUGGGCCUCGUCAUCAAGGACAAGCACAUCUCCCUAGUGACAGAGUACAUGAGCAAGGGCAGUCUGGUAGAUUACCUGAGGUCGAGGGGGAGGCACCACGUCACCAAACGCGACCAGAUCAACUUUGCUGUAGAUACCUGUAGCGGGAUGGAGUACCUGGAACUGCGGAAGGUGGUCCACAGAGAUCUGGCUGCAAGAAACGUUCUAAUCUCCGAGGCUGGAGUGGCGAAAGUUGCCGACUUUGGUCUCGCUCGAGAGGAGAACUUCAACCUGGACUGCGGAAAACUACCCAUCAAGUGGACCGCCCCGGAAGCUCUCAAGCAAGGGAAAUUCUCAAACAAGUCUGACAUGUGGAGCUUCGGGAUCCUUCUGUGGGAGAUUUACUCCUUCGGACGAGUGCCUUAUCCAAGGAUACCCUUAGCAGACGUAGUGAAGCAUGUCGAGAAAGGCUACAAGAUGGAGGCUCCCGAGGGUUGUCCACCUGAGGUGUACGAGAUUAUGAGACAGGCUUGGGAUCUGCUGCCGGAGAAGCGGCCGACGUUUAAGGAAGUUAAGGCUAAACUGGCUCAACUGAAGGUUAUAACCGUCUAACUCCCACCUCGACUACUGCAUCUCACUUCGUCCAUGUAUAAAGUGAACAAGACAUUCUCUUUUAUAUUAUUGUAAUGUAAUGUUACUAUGUACAAAUUGUAAUUGGUUUUAAUUUUAUCUAUUUGACUGUUUUGUUUUAUAGAUUUAUUGUACAUUAAAACAUAUAUUUCUGUAUAAUAUUUAAACACUAACUUCUCCUGAUUUACAAUACGAAUAAAAUAUGUACUACAA